AUGAGUUUAGAGAAACGUAGACGAGUAAGAAAGAAUCGUCUGGUAUCUAUCUGGCGCUUUCUUAUUGGUUUUUUAACUGUUGCCAUCUUAUUUAUAAUCACAAAAUGGUCAUUUGUUUUCCGAAUAAAGGAAACGUUCCUACUAUCACAACAACAACAACAACAACAACAAGAAGUAGAUGAUGGGUCAACAUUACAAUUAAAACAUAUAUUUCAUCAUGGAACAGGUCCCAAGAAUUAUAAAGUUCAUCGUAGAUUGGAUAUAACUCCUGAAUAUUUGUCAAAACAUGAAUCAUAUUUCAAUACUCUUGUUCAAGAAUUGCAACAACCAUCAAGAGGAGAGAUUUCUGUUGAUUCCAAUUUAGAUGAAAUAUACCAGCAAUCAGAUUGGCCGGAAUAUUAUAAAGGGAAGAAUCCGUUCACUAUUGAAUUACCAUUUAAGAAAAGUACUAGUGAAUCAACUCGAUUAAAAGAAAGACAUACACCUGGUUUCAUUGAAUCUUAUCUUGAUUAUGCGAGAGAUGUUAGAGGUGACGCAAGUAUAUUGAAUAGAAUUAAUUUAGAAUGGGAAUUUAAUGAUAUUAAAAUACCUAAUGUUACUGAUAAAGAUACUGUUGUUACUUUGGCUACAAUUUCAUCCAAUGCAUAUGUGAGAUAUCCUAAAAAUGAUGAUGAAAAGAAGAAAUCUGACUGGAUUGAUUUAGGUGAUUGGGAUCCUAACCGUGAGAAUAGUGAUAUUAACUUUGGUUGGGAUGACAUUGGAUUAAGAGGACAUGUAUUUGUUAGUAAAGAUAACAAGACAGUAGUUGUUGGAAUUAAAGGAACUUCAGGAGCAGGAUUGCCAGGAGGAGGAAGUGAUGAAACCGGGGGUAACGACAAAACCAAUGAUAAUUUAUUAUUUUCAUGUUGUUGUGCAAGAAUUAGUUAUAUGUGGACCACUGUUUGUGAUUGUUAUGAAAAGACAUAUACAUGUAAUCAAGAUUGCCUUGAAAAGGAGUUGCGUAGAGAAGAUAAAUAUUAUAAAGCAGUCUUGGAAUUAUAUCGUAAUGUCACUGCAAUUUAUCCACCAGAAACCACUGAUAUUUGGGUUACGGGACAUUCAUUAGGAGGAGCAUUAGCUUCAUUGUUGGGUAGAACAUUUGGAUUACCAGCUGUUGCGUUCGAGGCUCCAGGAGAAAUGUUGGCUACUAAUAGGUUACAUUUGCCAUCACCACCGGGAAUUCCUAAAUACAUGGAGAAUAUCUGGCAUUUUGGAAACACCGCUGAUCCAAUUUAUAUGGGAGUUUGCAAUGGAGCAUCAAGUUCAUGUAAUUUAGCCGGAUAUGCCAUGGAAACAUCAUGUCAUACUGGAUUACAAUGUGUUUAUGAUGUUGUUACAGAUAAAGGAUGGUCUGUGAAUUUAUUAAACCAUAGAAUUCAUACGGUUAUUGAUAAUAUAAUCUUGGAUUAUAAUGAAACAGCACCAUGUGUUCAACAGCCACCAUGUCGAGAUUGUUUUAAUUGGAGAUUUGUCACUCAUGAUGAGAAAGAAGAUGAUGAACCAAAAAAACCAAAUCCAUUAAAGAGUAGUAGUAAUGAUUCAUUUAAAACGUCGACUAGCACUACAAGUACAGAAUCUACAUUGUCUUCGUCUUCAUCAUCAUCAUCAUCGUCUCCAUCAGCGGUUCCAACAGACGAUGAGCCACCAAAGAAAUGUUUAGACAGAACAUGGUAUGGAUGGUGUUCUAAAUGGGGUUAUGACGAUGAUGAUGGUGAUGAUAAAGACAAACGGAAGAGUAAAUAA